GAGGCACCAGCGGUGGAAGAGGAAACCCCGGAUGUAAUGCCCAGCAGUCAGGGAGAGUCUGCCAUUGGCGCAUUCUUUGGGAACUACCUACAGCUUGCGGUGUGGGCAGCCGUCCUUGGCCUGGCAGGAUACACAGCAGUGCAGAAGAUCGGGACAGACCCCGAGUCCUUGGGCAUCCUGGUCGGCCCCCCCGCCGUGGCCACCGUCCUGAUCGUCACAUUUGCCAUCUACAAGUUGACAUCCGAAAGUGAAGACUGA